GUGUAACCUUCAGUGAUGGAUAAAGUGCCAAUAAACAAACACACAGACUUCUGGCCUAUGACUCAAGCUUUUCAGGCUUUGCUGGUGGGAGGAAAGACAAUUCAAUCAAGAGGAAGGCCAGAGAGUUCAUCCUCUGCAGAACACUGGGAAACUUCUGCUGUAUUAAGUGAUGGCUUCAUUUUCAUCUUCUUCUGUAGUAAGGUUGCUGAAGAUGUGAAUGUCACCUUUGAGGAUCAGCAAAAAAUAAACAUCUUUGCAAGAAAUACGAGCAGAAUUACAGAGCUAAAAGAUGAGAUUGAAGUGAAGAAGAAAGAACUUCAGAACCUGGAGGAUGCUUCUGAUGACCUCAUGAUGUUAGAAGAUUCUUUAUUUAUCCCUUAUCAGAUUGGAGAUGUUUUUAUUAGUCAUUCCCAGGAAGAGACUCAAGAAAUGCUGGAAGCUGCAAAGAAAGGAUUACAAGAUGAAAUUCAAUUUUUACAGUCGCAAGUAGAAUCCAUCCAGCAAGUCUUAAGUGACCUUAAAGUCCAGCUGUAUGCCAAGUUCGGAAACAACAUCAACCUGGAGGCCGAUGACAGCUAAAUCCUCUAAAUUAUUAUAAUUUUUGUUUUUUUAUGUUAUUGAUCAGACACAAAAAAAAAAGAUGCUAGGCUGCAGAAAGGGAAUGUGGGGUCAGAUAGUAAGUUGUUGCUUAAAUCAAGCUUAUACUAAACAUGUUUUUAGGUGUUGCUUUUUCCCCCCCUCUACUUUUCCUUUUUUUUUUUUUUUACUAUUUAUUUUUUGAAUUAAUCUUGAAAUCUUUCUCUUUCACUCUGGACACUAAAUGAUACCAUCAGCAGUCGAACAAGCGUUUUCUUGUUUUUCAGCUGAUCUCUGGUCCUUUUCCAUAGGCCAAUUAUCAGCUUGAUCAAUAUUGUCCUAUAGAAGUCAGUGGUCCAUGUUAAUGCUGUAAAGCACCUCUCCGUAAAAGAAGCUCAGGCAUAAUGGCUGCCCCUGCAAAAUUGUACAUACAAAAUUACUAUCCCAAAUUAGAAACCGGUUAUAAAGAAAAAAAAAAACACUUUUGAGUAUGUAUGUAUGUAUGUAUGUGUAUAUAUAUAUAUAUAUAUAUAUAUAUAUAUAUAUAUGUAUGUGUGUGUGUAUAUAUAUAUAUAUAUAUAUAUAUAUAUAUAUAUAUAUAUAUAUAUAUAUAUCCCCAAAGAUUUAGACUUCACAUUCCCUUUUAGAUGUGUGUUAGCAGCCCUCUAUACAGUAGCCCUUUCUAAAGCAUUUGGUUUCACCUUGCUCAUCUACAGCUGGGAAGGUGGCCAUUUUUCUAGUGCUGCCAUUCAAUUUUUCAGGACCAGGUUCUGCUGGGGACUGUAGUUAAUCAGCUCUUGUCUCUAUUUCUGCAUAGUUGUAGAGAAGGUAUUUUUCCCUGUUCUGAUGUUCCCUGUUCUGAAAUAAAUGAAAAAAAAAAGCAACAUUUUUACAACCAAGAAAGCAAUUUCAUUUUCCAAACCUUUUGAAGCCAAGAAUAAAGCAUUGCCUGGUGCGCAAA